UUGAAGCUGUCAAUAUGUAUUUUGUCCGCAGUAUGUUCAAAAUAAUUUCGCUUUAUAUGUUAGCGAUUUUCGCUGAAUUUUCUAAGGAAAGUAGUGUGUUGUAUGUAAGAAAUACACAAUAUGAUGGAUAUAUGUGUGAACAUGGCGAUGUUGCAGCAUCAUUUGGUAAUACGAAAAACAAAAGAAUGUGUCUCUCAGCGUGCGCAGCUUAUAGAUGUGCACGUGUCUUCUACUAUCCCGAGUCAGAAUUGUGUCUGGGCUGUUUCUCCCUACUGAUCAGAGAUUCCCUUCUUGUCAGCGAGGGAUCUGUACAUUAUGAAGCAAAAUGUCCAAGUACAUAUGGCCAGUUCAACACUUCUUGUUACACAUACACGGAUACUCAGAUGACAUGGGAUGCUGCAAAGAAUUACUGUGAGAAAUUAAAUGGAUAUUUAGCGACCAUUGAAAGCUCUGAUGAGAACAGUUAUGUAGCAAAUUGGUUGAAUGAUAAUGGCGUGGCAUCGACUGACUUGAAGGUAUGGAUUGGGGUAACAGAUUCACAAACAGAAGAUGCCUGGCAACCCGACAAAAUAACUGGUGUGGCAAAUGAAGACUGUGUGGCCAUUGAAAUUUAAACGUUGGCAUUAUCUGCCAUGCUCGAUGUCUAAUCCUGCCGUGUGUGAAAUUGCUUUGAUAUAAUGCAAUACGAAUACUUCUUUCUUUUAUUAAUUUAAGAGAAAGGAAAGGAAUCAUAUACUAUGGAAUUUUUGAAAACUGCAAUGGCCAGUGGUCGAACAUGUUCAAAAAGUGUUUGCAUUUCAAACUGAUAUGGAAAACAAUGAAGAGGUGUAUGUGUAUGUGUAUGUGUAUGUGUACAGUUUGUUUUAUGUUUAUUUAGUUUAAUAGAGUAAUCAUACUAUGUACCUACACUGAUAUGGCAACAUUGUAAGAAUCGUAUUCACUUGUCUGAGGUUUAUUCUGGAUCGAACUUUUUAUUAUAUGAUUUAAUGUUUAAAAAUUGGAAACUGAAGAUAUUGUAGAUGAGUCAUAUUUAAACUUCUUAAAAUUAUUUUGAUUACAUUUUAAUCAAUGUUGUAAUGAUCAACAAGUGAACAAACAAGGUCAAGUUUAAUCUAUACAUUAUUCACUUGUUGAGUCGCUUAUUGGCGGAUUCAAAUAGUUUAUUUUUAUUUGUUACUUUGUUUCAAAUCACUUCUUGUUGCCAUUCAAAUAAUCUUUUAUGUGUAGAAAGUUAUAAAUAUUUUUAUGUACAAUACAUUUCUGAGGUAAAAUAGAUAUGGCAUUUCAUGGACGAUUUUAAAUACUGAAAGUUGUUAGAUUGCCUUGUUAUCCUAAAUAUGACUAUACGCAAUAGAAAUGCAACCAAGCAAAAUAUUAGUACAUUUAAUACCCUAUGGCUAAUCCUAGAUAUACUAUGAGAACCAUGGUAUCUAACGGGAAAAUAUACCAGCCCAU